GCAACAUAUGUUUUACAAUCCAAAUAGAUCAAAAUGAUCAGCUAAUCGAGCUCUACUAAUGCUGAACUUUUCACGUUGAUAGAAAAUACUAUUGUAUAAAGUGGCAUAUUUCCCAUGGAAACAUCCAAAGUUAUUCAUUAUAAAUAGGAAUCAUUUGAGAUCUGAUUUUGCACUUGUUUACUAUAUAGUUUUGAGUCAUAUUUCUGUUAAAUCUAAAGAACGUAAUUAACAAGGAAAAGUAGACUUCGACUUUAUGUGCAAUGUUGUUGGUUGAUUUGGCGAUUGCUCUCAACUGUAAUUAUUUCUUUUCAUUAUGAGAAUAGUAUUUUUUUCCUUCUUUAUUUUAUUUUUCUUUGUUUCGUCUAUCCAGGUAUAUAUGUUGUUUUUCUCCAUAAAUAUACAAGAUACUCAGAGAUAAAGAAAAUAUUCAGUGUUACCAAUUGUCAAUCGUAGUUGAUUGCUUUAAUAAUCCUCAAACAAAUAAACAAAUGUGUUUCCAUUAUGUCUUAUGCCGAUACUACUUACGAGCAUCGAUUAAAAUUCUUCAAUAGCGACGCUUGUUUAGCACAAUAUUCUUCUACUAAUUAGAUUGGCUGACAUAUUUUUGUUAUCAUAUUAAACUUCUUAUCAUCAGAUUGCUGACGUCCAUCGCGCUUGUAAUAGCAUUUACGUCAUCAUAAUAAUAAAAAACAAAAACGAAAAAAAAAAAGAAUCUUUUUAAUAUCAACUAAAACAACGUAGAUAAAUUUAGAAGGGCACGUAUUCAUUUUAUUAUUUUUUUUUUCCAUUCAACUGGUAGCAGGCAUAUAUCGAUAUGCGUUAAAGUAACCAAUGCAUGUAGACUAAUAUAAGUCAGAAAAAUCGUUCUAUUUCUUUCUUUUUGUUUUUGUCAACAGUCGUCGUUCAUGAUAUUUAUUUUCUCGAACUUGAAUCAGAAUAGAAUUUAUUUAUUUGUAAUUCACGGACACAACUAGGUAAGGUCAAAAUAAAAACAGAAAGAAAAAAAGAAAAAACAUAGAAAAAGUACAACGCUAACGUUAUUGUCAUUACAUAUAUAGAUACGUCUUUAUUAGUUAUUCACACUUUAGAUAGAUACAUUACACAAAAGAAAUCAGCAUUCGUGGAGAAAAAAUUCACAAUGUCCGAGCAAACGAUUAAUAUUACGCAAUUACUUAAUACAUUUCAAUUAUUCGAUAAAAACAAAGAUGGCAGCAUUAGUUCGAGUGAACUUCGAUCAGCAUGUGAAAAAUUACAUAUGCCAAUUAAUGAAUCAAAAAUGACAGAACUAUUUCAAAAUCGUUCUAGUAUAGCUUUUGAAGAAUUUUGUCAUGUAAUGCAAGAGUAUGGUCAAUUUGCACAAGAUGCUUAUUUUCAAGAAACAUUUCGUGCAUUUGACAAAAACUCUGAUGGAUUUAUUACAGCAAAAGAAAUUAAAAAGACCAUGAAAGAUCUUGGUGAACCAUUAACCGAUAAACAAGCAAAAGAAAUGCUUAAAGCAGCCGACCUAAACGGCGAUGGAAAAUUAUCUCAAGAUGAAUUUCGUCUUCUAUUCAAUCAAAUAACUCAACAUGCUGCAAUUCUACCAAGAACUCCAUCGUCACCAAUAUCAACGAAUGACUUAAAAAGACAAUUCAGUUACGCAUCAAAAAAUCUAACUGAAUGA